AUGGAGGCAUUCAUCGGCACCUGGAGGAUGGAGAAGAGUGAGGGUUUCGACAAAAUCAUGGAACGUCUUGGAGUGGAUUUUGUCACUCGCAAGAUGGGCAAUUUGAUGAAGCCCAGCUUGAUAAUCAGCGAUUUGGGUGACGGGAAAUAUAGCAUGCGAUCGGAGAGCAAGUUCAAGACCACCGAAUUCACCUUUAAAUUGGGUGAAAAGUUUAAGGAGGUGACUCCGGACUCGCGCGAGGUCAUGUCAUUGAUCACAGUGGAGAACGGAGUAUUGAAACAGGAGCAGGUGGGCAAGGACAAAACCACCCACAUCGAUCGAGUAAUUGAGGGCAAUGAAUUGAAGACGACUGUCAAAGUGGAUGAACUGGUUUGUGUGCGAACCUAUUCGAAAGCGGCGUGA